UGGAUCAAAUAAUUCAGGGCUAAUUUUUGUUCUGAACUUGAUUUCGUAGUUUUUUGUGUAUUCGCAUUCAAGAUUGAAUAGGAUAAGAAAUAGGGGUAUCUUUGAUUCUAAAUAUCGUAGUCAAAGAUUCUAGCUGCUGGCAAAUAUAUAUGGAUGGAAGAAAAACUAUAAUAUAUGAUUUCUUCCUUCCCUGCAAAGUAGUUAAUUUGACCCCCCAAAAAAGUUGAACUUAUCUUUGUUAUCAUUAAAUUUUUAAGUUCCAAGCUGACAGAAUAUGGUGUUUGCUUGCAAGAAAUUAGUCGUUCACAAUAUAUGCAGUCAAUAGUGUUACAUAUCUUCUAAUAUCGAAAUUGCGUGAUGGCGUUAUUCUAAGACGAAAAUCGGAUAUGAGAAAUCUAUCAGAAAAGAAGUAUGGAGGAUGGCUUGUACGAAGUGCGUGAUCAGUAGAAGGAUUAUACUACUGAAUUAAUCUCGAGUUCUUUUAGUGGUUGGGUUCUUUCCAACAAGGCUUACAUGGAGGCAGGGGCAGCAGAUGAGGAGACGCCACUGAUUCAGCAGCUGCCUCCGGAGGAACAAUGUUCACAAUACACAUGUGAUGGAACAGUUAAUAGUGACAAAAAGCCUGCACUGAAGCAGAGUACAGGGCAUUGGAGAGCAUGCUUCUUCAUUUUAGGUGCUCAAUUCGCUGAAACCUUGUGCUUCUUCAUGGUUUCGAAGAACUUAGUCAUGUACCUCACGAGUGCGCUGCACGAAAGCAACAUCGACGCUGCACAAAGUGUGUCUAUUUGGAUCGGCACUUCCUUCUUCACACCACUCAUUGGAGCCUUCUUGGCUGAUACAUAUUGGGGAAGAUACUGGACGACAGUUAUUUCCCUCUUUAUUAUCAUCAUCGGAAUGCUCAUUGUGACGGUUUCAUCAUCACCAUUGUUCCUGAAUUCUUCUUACUACAAUUGGAACAUUUGCCGUGCCACGGUCUACACAGGGCUCUACCUUACUGCCGUUGGAAGUGGAUGUAUGAAGCCCUGCAUUCCAGCCUUUGGAGCCGAUCAAUUUGACAGUGCUGACCCGGUGGAACGGCUGGCGAAGGGCUCAUUCUUCAACUGGUAUUACUUCUCAAUGAACGUCGGCUCACUGCUGUCGACGACUCUGCUUGUCUGGGUGGUGGCCAACAUAGGGUGGAGCGUCGGUUUUGCGAUCCCGAUGCUACUCUCGGGGUUCGGCCUCGCCCUGUUUUUCGCUGGUAGGAAGGUUUACAGGUACAAGAAACAGGGAGGGAGUCCACUGACAAGGGUGUCCCAGGUGGUGGUUGCAGCUGUAAGGAAUCAUAGGCUGAAAUUGCCUGACGAUAGCUCACUCCUGCAUGAGGUUUCAAAAGUGACUGAAGAUGAUUACAGGACUCAACUCACCACUCAAUUCAGGUUCUUUGACAAGGCUGCCAUCUUGUCCGACGAGAUCUCGCCGGCGCAGUGGAGCCCGUGGAGGCUGUGCACGGUUUCGCAGGUGGAGGAGCUGAAGAUCCUGCUGCGGAUGUUCCCGGUCUGGGUGUCCAUGGUCGUCUUCUUCGUGGUGACCGCGCAGAUUACGUCGACGCUGAUCGAGCAGGGCAUGGCCAUGGACGGCCGCGUCGGCCCGUUCACCCUUCCGGCCGCCUCAAUCGCCACCUUCGACGUCAUCAGCGUCCUCGUCUGGGUCCCCGUCUACGACACCGUGCUGGUGCCACUGGCACGGCGCGUCACCGGCAAGGACCGUGGCAUCUCCCACCUGCAGCGCAUUGGCGUCGGCCUCGCGCUCGCCGCGGUGGCCAUGGCGUACUCGGCGGUGGUCGAGGCACGGCGGCUGGGGACGGCGCCAGCGCCGGUGAGCAUCAUGUGGCAGGCGCCGUCGUACCUGGUGCUGGGCGUGGCGGAGGCGUUCAGCGUGAUCGGCAUGAUGGAGUUCUUCUACGAGCAGUCGCCGGAGUCGAUGAAGAGCCUGUGCACGGCGCUCGGGCAGCUCGCCAUCGCGGUCGCCAACUACCUCAACUCCGGCGUGCUCGUCGUGGUGGCGGCGGCCACCACGCGCGGCGGCGGGGCCGGCUGGAUCCCGGACAACCUCGACGAGGGGCACCUGGACUACUUCUUCUGGAUGAUGGCUGUUGUUAGCGUCCUCAACCUGCUGCACUUCUUGCAUUGCUCAAUCAGAUAUAGAGCCAAUAACAACACGCUGUCGUCUUGACAUUUAUACCUACACUCUUCUUGGGUGCACAUUCGUCAUGGUUCAUGCCAAAUUAAGUAUACUAGCCGUUAACCCGUGCGUUGCAUGGGAUAUUUAUUAACACGCUGUAAAUAUUAAAUUAUAACUAUAUAUUGGGUAUCUUAUGAAUUAUAACGACUUGGUUAAAAAAACACUUAA